GCCGCCGGCGUUUCGUGGCGGCAGAUUCAACCCGCGCCCCAGGUCGGCUGCUGGUCGCCGCCCCGUGCGGUGGGGCCCAGGGGAAGGUGGUCGGCGAGCCGCAACCGCAGCGGAGCCGGGAGGGCUCCCGUGCGGAGCGCGGCUGCCCCAGGAGCGGGGCGGGAGUGCGGAAUCUGCGGAUCCGGAGCGGGCGUCCUAGCGGCGGGGCGCUCCCCGCGUCGCGCGGGAAGUGCCGUUAAGGCCCGAACCGCCGCGCGGUGGCCGUUGGCGCCGGUAGUGAGGCAGUGCGUCUUUACUGCUUGGACUGAUAAGCUUCAAAGCAUUUGUUUUCUGACUAGAAAAGGAAUUCAGCAGAGACAGUGGAAGGCAAUUAUCUCCCAGGCUCCAGCAGAAAACUGAAUGGAGGAGAAUGUAUUGUAUUACACUUAUCUCAUAAUCUAAAAGAAGAAUAGCAUUUGAAAUAAUGGCAACAGGAGACCUCAAAGGAAGUUUAAGAAAAAUAGAGCAAGGACUUCGCUUGUUAAAUUAUCCAAGGGAUGUGGAUUAUACUGGGUUAAUAAAGGGUGAUCCAGCUGCAUUCUUACCCAUCAUCAGCUAUUCUUUUACAUCUUUCUCAACUUACAUAGCAGAACUUUUGGUGAAGUGUGAUGUAGAACUCACUGCAAAGAGUGACUUGCGUUUUAUUGAAGCUAUUUAUAAGCUUCUUCGAGAUCUAUUUCAAUAUAAACCAAUCUUAACAAAACAGCAAUUUCUUCAGUUUGGCUUUGCAGAACGAAAAAUGCAGGUUGUUUGUGACAUUAUCAACUGUGUGAUGAAAAAGCAUAAGGAAUUAAGUAAUGUGAAUAAGGCCAAAUCCCAAACAAGAAGGAAACUCGGAUCUUUCAAAUAUGAGCUAUGGUCAAAUUGUGAAAAAGCCCAUGCUGAUCCUAGUGGCAGUGCUAUGAAUUCAAAACAGAAGCCUCAAGUGGAACGACAUCCAGAAAGUGAAGAUGGUGACACCCUUCAUCCACCAGCCCUUCCAGCAGAGGGAGAUAAUGAAGAACUAUACUUAAAUCAUGAUGUUCUAGAAGUCAAAUGUGAACAAGUCUUAGAAGAUAAUUCUCAGAUUGAGUUCCUAAAGAGCCAGCUUGCUGAUUGCCAGGAAAAGCUUCAUAAGCUAGAUUGGAUGGAAGAUAAGCUACAUGUUUUAGAAGACAGACUGAAAGGAAAGGUGAUUAUAGAUGAGAAAGACUGGAAUAAUUUGUUGGGUCGAGUUUUGCACCUUGAAACAGAGCUGCUGUUGCAAUCCAGAAAGAGUGACUUAUCUACGGAGUUCAACGAUGUAAGUCAAGAAUGUACUUCUAGUAGGAUUCCAGUUUCUCCUGAUACAGAGAGGAAGGAGGAGAUGCCAGAGAGUCUUCAUCAGUCGUCUGGAUACAGUUCGCUGUUAUCCACAGACCCAUCUCCCAAAGCCAUGACCGUUAAUUAUCAUGAUCUGACAGACUUUUCAAAGGAGACAACAAGACAAAGAAUGGAAAGGAUAAGUAAAAUUGCAGGCUUGAGGACUGUGGUUUACAUCCUGUUGGAAACACUCCAGCUGGGACUAGCAUAUCACACCCAAGAGGCUUUCUUACAUACCAUCUUAACAUCUGUAUUGUUGUAUAAGUCUUAAUGAAAACUUAAAUACGCAAUUGUAAAUAUGUAUCUUCGGGGGCUUUAGGAUUUUUUGAAAAUUUUUUAAUGUAAAUUUUCAUGCCUGGUUGGAGAGUACCAACACAUUAUGGCUUCCAUUAACACUGACAAAGCGAGGGUCAGUUUGAUCCUAAACACUAAAAUGUGCAAAAGUAAGUCCACAAACUUUGACUGCAAGGGAUGUGUUGAGUGUUUUAGUACUCUUACCCAACACGUUUUAAGACCAGCAGCACAGAUGGAGACCAUCCAGUAUACAAAGAUACACAACAUUUUUUAUGAUUUGAAACUGUAUAAAAUUUCUCUUUAAGAGACAUAAGUAGACAUAAGGCUUCCAUAAACAUCAUAUAAUCAAAUGAAAGGUGUGGGGCUUGAUAAGAACAAGAGAUCUUUUUUUUAACCUUUUCUAAAUCAUUAGGUAUUAAAUCAUAUUAUAAGGAGAUCUUUUCUGCGCUAUAAUAACUCACUUCACAUGAAAAAAAUUUUGUAGUUUGAUAGCGUAUCAGUGUAUCUUUUUUGGCAGAGUUUGCAAAUGAAGGUGAAAGCAGCUGUUUGACAUUAUGCUGGUAAAAGUGAUUUAUAUGAUCUAACAAUAAUUAUGAUCUUUAACCAUAUGGAAUAUAAAUUGACUUUAUUUUACAUGCAAACAGAAGAACAUAUGGUGAUCCAUUAUUGUUAUAUAUAAACUUAGUCAAGAGGUUUUGGGCUUUUGUAGUAGAACUUUUCCAUUAUACAUGUUUCCAAAGGUUGGGGGGGGGGGGGGUUGGAAGAGACAGAAAGUUAAUGUUGACUGAUGAUGUGAACUUGUUUGGCACCUUGAUGGAAAAUAAAACUUGCAAUCACUCCAUCGGUUAUACUAACAAUGAAAUGGGGAAGAGGCCAAAUCAACAGAAAAUACAGGUGGUAGUAUCUUCUAAAAUAGAACUACAGCACCACCUUGUGGAGAUCUUUCUGCAAAAUAAUUGUACAAUACAUUCCAAGCCUCUCUAUGUGUUUGAACUAAUUUUUCAUGGAAUUCUAUUACUGGAAACAGUUAGUACUCGCAAGGGCAUAUAUAUCACAGUAAAGCUUCAGUAAAGCAAUGCAAUGAUGGGAAAUAUAUGUCAAAAAUAGCAUAGUUUGAAUAAAGCUUGAAAUGUAUGCAUUGUCAAAUAGCUAAUAACUAGAUUUCUUAACUGUAAAAGUAUUUAUCUUGACAAUUGUAAUUUUCUUAAACAUCAGAAUAAUUCUGCUCUAAUGCUUAAAGACUUUCAGUUACAUGAGAGAUAAUAAAGCAUAAUUGUGUUGAAGUAGAAUACUUCAAUGCAAGUGUCUACAAAAAUGUUUUUUUAAAGUCUUUUUUUUAACUGUAUUCUAAAAUUCUAAUUAACUUCCAGCAUUUCCAUUAUGUUUUUUUCACUCUGCCUUAUUGAACAUCAAUAUGCACUUAAUUCAUCUAGUGAGAUUAAAAUAUGCUAUACAGUACACUGUAAGAAUCCUUUCUCCCCAAAUGUGUCAAACAGAAAGGCAGUUCAAUAACCUCCUUGAGUCGGUCUUACAUUUUGUGUGUGUGUGUGGUAGAAUUUUGGUGCUCUCAGUCAUGAUUAGUAAGGACAUUAUUGUAGUCUGUGAUAUUAGAAUAUAUGCUUCAUAAUGUUUGUUUUGAUGCUUAAGAUGUGAUACUUAAGCUGUGUUGUAGGCACAACCAAACUUGAUCGAUCUAAAUAAGGGAUGGUCGCUACUGACUUUUGUUGUAUUCUGGUCUUUCUUAUGCCUAGCUUUGAAUGGCUUUGCAUCGUCAGAAGUGUAUUCAUGUUCAAGGCCAUAACUACUAAGCAUGUUCGUUUCCUUAAGUGUAUCCUAUUUUCUUAUAAUUAUACUCAGUUAUUUUA